AUGUUUAUAAUUUUAACCGUGACAGUGAUGUGCAUAACGUUUAGGUAUGCAGAUUUUUUAAGUGACAUCGAAUAUCGAUAUGGAGGUAGUUAUAAAGAAUACAACAGUAUUUAUCCAGAAGGAAAUGAUUAUAGCACCAAACUCAACAUUUUUAAAAAACCCACACAUAACGAUUUACAUGUAAAUAUACCUCCAGUUAAUCCAAUUAUGGGACAAUCAGUGCCAGUUGAAUACAAUGGAUACUCAGAAUUAGACGAUAGAUAUGGACUUGUUGGUAAAGGAUUUAAUUUGUUUGGGAGGAGUGAUUUAGAUACCAGAUAUAAUUUAGUCAGUGAUUCUGGACAAGCAACAACAAAAAUGUUCAGACAAAUCGUGUUUUUGGCGGUAGUGGCUUUUGCAAGCAGUGCUCCAUCUCCUGGAUUCCUUCACGGUGGAUAUCAUCUACCUGCAGCUACCAGCUACAGUUCCAGAGUCGAUGUGCAUCAUAGCAAGCCUAUUAUUCACAGCUACGCCACUCCAAUCAUUGCCAAGACUAUUGUUGCUGAACCCAUCCACAGUUACAGCGCCCCAUUGUUAUCCCACGGUUACGGAUUGGGACAAGAUCUUUCUUUGGGUCAUGGAUAUGGUGUGGGACUUUCCAGUGGUUAUGGACAUGGACUUUCCAGCGGAUACGGACAUGGACUUUCCAGUGGAUAUGGACUUGGACUUUCCAGUGGAUACGGUCAUGGACUUGGUCAUGGAAUUGGAUACGGACACGGAUGGUAA